AUGGGGUGGUUGGAAUAUCUAUCUAUCUAUCUAUCUAUCUAUCUAUCUAUCUAUCUAUACCUGAUUGAUUUUGGAUUUUUCUCAUAUUUUUUUUCAUUUCUCUUCCUCAAUUUCUUACAAUUUGUUCUUUUUCUUUCUCUCUCUUCUCUCUCUCUUCUCUCUCUUUCUCUCUUUUCUCUCUCUCUCUCUCUCUCUUUUCUCUCUCUUCUCUCUCUUUUUCUCCCUCUCUCUCUUUUCUCUCUCUUUUCUCUCUUUUCUCUCUUUUCUCUCUCUUCUCUCUCUUUUUUCUCCCUCUCUCUCUCCUCUCUUUUUUCUCUCUUCUCUCUCUUUUCUCCCUUUUCUCUCUCUUCUCUCUCUCUUCUCUCUCUUUCUUUCUCUUCUCUCUCUUUUCUCUCUUCUCUCACACUUCUCUCUCUUUUUUCUCUCUCUCUUUCUCUCUAUUCUCUCUUCUCUUUCUCUCUCUCUCUCUUCUCUCUCUUUCUCUCUUCACUAUCUUUUCUCUCUUUCUUUUUUCUCUCUCUCUUCUCUCUCUUUCUUUCUCUCUUUUUCUCUCUCUCUCUUCCCUCUCUUUCUCUCUCUCUUCUCUCUCUCUUUUCACUCUUCUCUCUCUUUUCUCUCUUCUCUCUCUGUUCUCUCUCUUCUCCCUCCUUUUUCUCUCUCUCUCUUCUCUCUCUCUCUUCUCAAUUUUAUCUCUCUUCUCUCUCCCUCUCUCUUAAAUUCUUCAAUUUUCGUCUUUUCUUUUUCAAUAAUAUUUCGCAUAUUCUCAUUCUCUUUAGCUUGUCGCCAUUAUCAACACUUUCUUCUCUUUUAGUCUCUCCCCCUCAUUUGUUCUCUCAGAUAUUUUCGCUGUUUCUUUCACUCCUCUCUCUUCCGCCAUCUUUUUCGCCACAUUCUUCUUUCUUUAUCUUUCUCCUUUUUUUUUUCUCUUUCACAUACAUUGUUCCUUUGUCUUUCCUCUAUGGUCCCUUUCCUGUCAACGAGUGCUUUUAUUCCUGUCUCUUUCUUCCUUUCUUCAAACAAGUCUUCUAUUUUUUUUUCUUUCUCUCUUCUAGUUUCCUCCAUUGUUUUCAACACGUUCUUCUCUAUUCUUCGAUUGUUUUGAAACUGGUUUUCUUUUCUUGUGUAAUUCUUUCUCUAACCGUAACUCAUAAUUUCAACGAAAAGAACAGACUGUUCUUUUUGUUUGUUUUUUUUCUGUUAGCAUUUUUUCUUUUUGGUACUUUUUGGUACUUCGCUGCAUAUUUUUCACUCUCACUUACUACAUUGCCUAUCUCUAUUGGUCUAUUCUCCCACUCUUUCUUUCCUCUCUCCCUUUUUCUCUCUCCUUGUCACUUUCUCUCUCUCCCUUUCUCUUUCUCCCUCUUCUCUCCCCUUCUCUCUUUCUCUCUCUCUUUCUCAGGCAAGUGUAGGAACUCUUUUACUGAGAAAAAACAAUUCGAUGAGUCCAAUAUUUGA